UCACUCUCUCUCUCUCUCUCAUACCCAUCUUUUAAUUUUUUUUCCCUUUACUUUUUGAAUCUCGUCUUAUCUUAUGGAUUAUCUUAUGGAGAAGAAAAGAAGGGUCACGUUGUGUAUUGAUUUUUUUUAUUUUUUUCCCGUCAGUUUUAUCUGGAAACAAACAAGGGCAUAUGAUUGUAGUGUGCUGUUUGAAUCUUAAUUUCUUAAUUUCUCAGUGUGCUCGUUAUGAUUGUGGUGAGUUAGUGGGUGCUUUUCUUGAUCUUGCUAUUGCUUAUCUCUUACUCUCUGCAUCCACUCUUGCAUUUUUCGCCUCCAAAUUUCUGGGUUUUGGGGCUUUUCUUACCAUGUCCUUCUAAUGGCCUAUUUGGCAACGCCAAUAGCAAUUACUGCUUGAAGAGGCAGUUAAUUGAUUGCCCAAUUGAGACAGUCUCUUCUGUUCAACUGUCUGUGAACACAAAGUUCCCCUUUGAUUCAAUUGACCCGAAAAACCCAGAUUGCCAAUUGAAUUUGAAGUUAAUUAAAGAUCAAAACAAUUGUGUUGAUGGGUUUGUUGAAAUGGAAGGCGAAGCGUCUUGUAGCUCAAUAUCGGGUGCUAGGAAGUUGCAAAAUGUGGUUGAGAGGGACUUGAUUUUGAGGAAUGAAUUGGUUAGGAGGUUUGAUGUAGUGAAUUCAUCAGUUCAUGUCAAGAAGGGAGGGUUUGAUCUCAAGGGUAAGGGGAUUGUAAAUCAGAGGCCAAGGAAUGGUCUUAGGCGACGUCGAAAAGGUCUUGCUGAUUAUGCAAAAGUUUUGCCUGUUUCUUAUGACCCUUCAUAUGCAAAUGAUCAGUCACAUUUUACCAUUGAUCGUGAAGGGAAUAAUGAGAUUGAUGCAGUUCACUGCCAGUCGGCUCUGGAGCUGAUGCUAAUCACUUUAAUUAUGACGAGGACACUCCAGUUGUUAAGAAUUUUGGGGAUAGAGCUUCACACGGCUUUCAGUUGGAUGGAACUCUUCAUGAAAAGAAACUAGCUUAGAAAAGUGAAUCAUCCUAUGAAGAGAUAAAGAGUAAUGUGCAGAAGGAACUGGGUUAUGAAGGUAAUGAGAAAAAUGCAUUCAGAAGAACACGCUGCUCGUGCUGCUCUUUACCUUGAGCUUGAGAAGGAGAGAAGUGCUGCUGCUACAGCUGCAGAUGAGGCCAUGGCUAUAAUACCGCGUCUACAAGACGAGAAGGCAUCCAUAGAAAUGGAAGCUUGGCAAUACCAGAGGAUAAUAGAAGAAAAAUCUGCUUAUGAUGCUGUAGAAAUGAACAUCUGUAAAGAAAUUCUUGUGAGGAGACAGAAAGAGAAGCAUUUCUUGGAAAGGGAAGUUGAAGCUUAUAGGCAGAUGAUUCAUAUUGGAAAUUAACAGUUACAAGAUGACAUUCAGUAAAUGGUGAACAUACAGAGAGAACAGGCUGAUGCUCCAACAGCUAGUGAAUCCAUUGACAAGAAGGAAAUUGUAAAAGAUAAAAGUUCAGUUAAUGAGUUAUUGUCUAUUGAUAAGCAAAACUGUACACCCUUGCUCUUGGAGAGGAAUUAUGAAUUUCCAGAUGGGAUGAAGAAGCUGAUUUUCAAGCAAGUAUAUGUAGAGAAAUCUAUAGUUUCUGGUCUGCAGAAAAAUUUAAUGUCAGCAGCUGACAAUGAAAGAUUGAAAAUUGACAUGGAAGUUGAGUGACUCCGAGAGAGGUUCAGCAUUGUCCAGGAACAAAGACAGAAGCUCAACUUCUCUGUGGACUAUCGGGAAAGGGAAAAAUUUCAACUGCAACUUGUAGAAGAUAUAGCAUAACAACUUCGAGAGAUUUGACAGCUAACAGAACCUAGAAAGGCCGUGC